UAUGACAUUAUGUUAAGUAUGAAUCGCCAUUGGCAAGACUUCACCUUUUGUGGAUGCACUUUAUUUAUUUAUUUGUUACAAUCAAGUCGAUUGGAUUAAAUGUUUGUGACGUUGGCGUUUAUAGUAAACAAUAGGUGCAGAAGUACUAUAGAAAAAAUCACCAGUAGUAUGUGGGUCUGCAACUAAUUCUUGAGAAAAUACAUUUGGGUUAUAUACGAGAUAAACUACUGAUACUACGCAAACAUGUGAUGAAAUGGUGUGCUGAAAGGCCACUAGCGGCUAUUUUCAUAGUAAUUGUGUCAACAGUUAUGGUGCUGCCUCUAAUCACUGCUGCUGUAUUAAUGCCUAUUGCAAUUCUCAUGGAUUUCGGUUCCUAUUUAGGAAAUAAGGGUUGGCUCUAUGUGAUGUACAUGUUACUAUUCCAAGGAAUGACUUUAGCAUUGCUGUUCAUGUUCCUCUUUUCUGCGGCAUUUAUAGUUGCUAGCAGUGCUACUGUGUUACAUUCAUAUGGUGUAACAACUGACAUACUUCAAAAAAAAUAACGUGAACAAAGCUGAUCUGAUUUUAUACAUUUUUUGGAGGGCAACACCUUAAGUAUAAAUAAAUAAUAAAGGUGCUGUGAAUUUUUAGAGCAUACAUGUAAAUAUAUAUGAUUAAAUAAAUUUUAUACAAAAGAUUUUUUCACUACAAAAUAUCUCAGCCCAUAGACAGGGGCUUAUCCCAAAUAUUUGGUAUGUGUCAUGUGAAAUUUGCAGAGCUAUGCGUAUAUGAUCAGAUACACACCAGAUCACAAUAUCAAAUUCAUUUGAAUUAGUCCAUUAAUCUUCUAAUGGGGUAUGCCACAUCAAGCUUUCAAUGAAAAAUCAUCAAAAGGUUUCAACAUCCUUAAAUAUUGGGCCUAUUUGUAUUUGUACAUCUAUAAUCUGUGUAAAAAAAACUCGAUUUUUUUCGUGUGAUGUUGUUUUAUUGCUAAGUUAUCGCCUUCUAAAAAAUAGCCGUUUGGGAAUU